AUUAUAUAUAUAAUAUGAAACAGUUAAAGUUUAAUUUUAUAUCCUAAAUGAUAAUUAUAUUAUAUUUUAAUCGAUUUCUAUAUAUAAAUAAUUAAUUCAAUUAAUUAAAUCUGAUUUAAUCUAAACAAUUAUUUAAUUAAUUAACAAAAAUUAAUUAUUCAUAGAUUAACAGAAAGAAUUUUAAAAUACGCGCUAUAUAACUUUCUCGAAAUAAAAAAUGACGUGACUUUUACAUUGUCCAUCGAUGUUUAUUAUGUGUCGGAAGAGAAGUAAAUGUAUUAAGAAAUUAGCAUUUUUAAAUUGAUUUUAAUGCAAUUUAUAUGCAUGAUAUAUAUAUUUUUUACUGAGAAGAAAAAAUAAAAAUUAAAUAUUAUUUCUUUUUUUAAAGAAUGUGAAAAUUACGAUUAAUUUAAUUAAUUAUUUUUGAACAACGAUACAUUGAUUUCAUAAACUUUACAUGACGUCUGUCUUCGUCAUCAUCCAAAAAUAUCAAGACUUGUCGUGUAAAAAUCGAUUGAUGUGUAUUAUAAAAAAUUAAACUAUUUAAUUCAAUUUAAAAUUGUGUGUAUUAUAAUUAUUAUAAUGGAUAAAACGAUAUCGAUAGCCGAUGGAUGGGAAUUACCACCUCUUCGUAGUUUAUAUGAUUUUCUUUUGGAAUCUUCACGUUUUCAACUCCCUAAUUUUAGAGAUUUAGAAAAAUGGGGCAAUAGAGUAGCAAAUAAUCUUGUGUAUUAUCAAACCAAUUAUCUUUAUAUGUGUAUUGCUAUUAUAUUAGUUAUAGCAUCAGUCCAUCCAGUGAAAAUGAUUGUUGGUAUAACAGCAGCGAUGGCAAUAUGGGGUGAAUGUAUUUAUUUAUUUAGUGAAAAAGAAUCAUUGCUUAAAUUUAAACGAACAUAUCCCCAAGUUGGAGUAAUUCUUACUAUUAUUUGUGGCUCUUUUGUUAUUUAUACUAUAAAUUCAGUUCUUUUUGUAUUAUUUGGCAUUUUAUUGUCAUUUUGCGUGAUUUUUAUACAUGCAUCUUUAAGAUUAAGAAACGUGAAGAAUAAACUUGCUAACAAAAUAGAGGGUAUGGGAUUGAAACGUACACCAAUGGGAGUUAUCUUAAAUUAUUUUGAACAUACGAGUGGUAUAACCUUGCGCACACAAAAAACCUGUAAUCAAUCGCUUCACUAAUAAUCAACUUCAUACAACAAAUUGUAACAACGUUUGGCAGUGAAUAUGUGUCAUUAACAGUCGGAUGCUGCUAAAGUCACAGAAAAAUAUUUGUGGAUAAUUAGGUGAGAGUUACAUAUAUAAAAAAUUUUACAUAGUUGCAAAAAACAUAACUACAUUUUGAAUUUACUCACACAAAAAUUCUUUCUUAUCAUUAAUAUCUAUAUUAUAAAAUAAUAAUCAUAUUUAAGUAUAGCUGCAACAAAUGAACUAUGUAAAUUUAAACCCUAAAAAUAGGUUGUCUAUUUAUAAGUCAUAUGGACAUAUAACUGACAUACAUUGUACUGAACAUAUACAUGUAAUAUAAAAUAAAUAAAUAAUUUUAUGUAA